GCGCCGAGGGGCGGAGUUGGAGGCGUGGCCAGCUCAAAGUAGGCGUGGUUUUCGCGGAAUAUAAAAGGCGCCGCGGAGCCCCCUCACGCCAGUCACGAGGACUCGGCGAAGAUGGAUCCCGAGUCUCCCCCCCGCGAGCUGGAGCUGUCGGCGCUGGAGGCCGAGAAGGAGCCGAUGGCGGCGGCGGCCGAGCCCGAGCCCGAGCCGGGUUCGCCCCCUCAGCCUCCCCCUCCCCACCGCGACCCCUCGCCAGCCCCGGCCGCUGCUCCGGGCGGCGAGAAGAACGGGCUGGUGAUGAAGAUCCCCCCCGAGGAAGAGGAGGAGGCGGCGGCGGCUUUAGGGGGCCCGGGCGUUUCGGGGAGCCCCAAAUUCACGGGGCUGGGCAAGGAGGAGCUGCUCAGGGAGGCGGGGACGCCGCUCUGGGCCCGGGCCCGCCUGGUGCUGCUCGUGCUCUUCUGGGGGGGCUGGCUCGGCAUGCUGGGCGCCGCUGCCGCCAUCGUGGCCCAGGCGCCCCGCUGCCAGCCCCUGCCCGCCAGAGCCUGGUGGGAGCUCGGGGCGCUCUACAGGGCCCCCCCCAAGGCUUUUGGGGGCGAUCUGAAAGGUGUGGAGAAACGCUUGGGCUACCUGAAGGAGAAGCUGCAGGUGGGGGGGCUGGUGCUGGGCCCCGUGGCCCCCAAAACCCCCGAGGAUCUGAUCCCCCCCUUGAAGGAGCUGGACCCAGCCCUGGGCACCGUCCAGGACUUGAGCGCCCUCCUGCAGGCGGCCAAGGCCAAAGGGCUGAAGGUGAUUCUGGACCUGACCCCAAACCCCGCUGGGGAUCGGGUCUGGGGGGACGCAGCCAACGACCCCAAAGUGCAUCAGCAGGUCCAGGAUGCCCUGAGCCAUUGGCUGAAGGAGGACAUUGCUGGGAUCUUCCUGGAUGGCAUCGACGAGCUCCCGCCCUCGGUGGUGGCUGAGUGGAGGAACCUGACGGAGCAGAAACCGAGCCCCAGCGGCGUGGCCAGGGUGCUGGUGGGGGGCACGCGCCGGCUGGACCCCUGGUCGGUGCCCCAGGUGCCGGGGGGGCUGCGGCUGCUGCUGGGGCCCUUCCUGCGGCCCCUGCAGCCCGAACUGGAGCUGGAAUCGCCCGAGGGAGCCGUGAGGAGCCUGCUGGCCUUCCUCAGCUCCAACUCCUCCUCCGCCGCGGGGCUGGGCUGGAGCGUGGGGUCCCCGUGGGAGUCGUGGGUGAGCCCCAGGCUGCGGCUGCAGCAGCUGCUGCUGCUCUGGGGGCUCCCCGGGACCCCCGUGCUGAGCUACGGCGACGAGCUGGGGCUGCAGCGGCCCCCCAAAAACCAACAGCUGCCGCCCAUGCCGUGGGAAUCCAUCGAGGAACCGAAAAAGGGCGGGAACGGCUCUGAGCCCCCCGAGCUGGAGCUGUGCGCGGCCCUGGCCUCGCUGCGGGCCCACGAGCGCUCGCUGCUGCUGGGGGAGGCGCUGCCGGUGCCGGCGGGCUCGGCCAUCGCGCUGCUGCGGCGCUGGGACCAGAGCGAGCGCUUCCUGCUGCUGCUCAACCCGCACGGAACCCCCCUGAAACCCUUCUCGGUCAGGAGAGACCCCGGGGACCCCCCCCUGCCCGAAUGGGCCACGCUGCACUUGAGCACCGGCCCCAAGGAGCCCGGGGAGCCGCGGGUGCAGCUGCAGGAGCUCAAGGUGGGGCCCUACGAGGGGCUGCUGCUGGGCUUCCCCUACAGCCCCCAGUGAGCUGGGCACCCCAAAGCUGCCCCCAGCACCCCAAACCCACCCUGACCCCCCAAAGCUGCCCCCGGCACCCCAAACCCACCCUGACCCCCUCAGCCUUGCACUCCCUCAAUUUUUGGGGGGUCCCACACUCAUCUCCCCUCUCUCAUUUUCUCUGCUCUCAUCCUGGUGCCCCCCACCCCACCAAAGUCUUUUUUUGGUUUUGGUUUUUUUUUUCUCUCCCCAACUCACUUUUGGGGUUUUUUUCCUUUGUUUUCUGGGGGUGUUGGGGUGCCCCCCUGCCCCAAACUCUGAAUAAACGAAU